AUGUGUCAGACCCUCGGCUGGUUAUCACGAGUUCAUUUUUCUUGGGGACAUAACGAAGAAGCUCUGGAGAACGCUGAAGAGGCCCUUAAGAUGGCAGAGCUUGUUGGAGAUGGGUAUCUACUGGCAAACCUUCUGCAAUAUGCUGCUCGCCCCGCCCAAUUACUGAAUCAAAUUGAGGAUGCAUUGAAAUACUUCGAACGAUCCCUCCUCAUUUACGAACGUCAGAACAUUCCUCUCGGGGUCGCCCAGGUACUUGAGGGCUUUGGCUACCUGUAUCUCCAGCAACGCAACUUCCGAGCAGCCCAAACUGCAUACAAUGCUGCAAUGCAAGCAUAUGUGCGCCUACGACCGUUGCCCAAUGCACAACCUCUGCCCCAUGUCCAACACGGGGAAGUCCGAUGCUCUUCUAAUCUGGAAAAACUCAAAGAGAAAGGCCAAGGAAAUGACACUGGUUUUGUCAUUCCUGAAUUCUACCUCACCAUGGCACAAAUAGAACAAAUCGAAUAUCUGUAA